CCGGGCAUAGCUAGAUGCAGGGCCAACGUCAUGUAGGAGCGGUCGGUGACGGUAGUGCCACCUGGGAGGUACUUCUCGAGACAGUGCCGGAGAGUGCCAGGACAGGUGCACGAACUAAUGUGUAGUGCCUGGUGACAGUGUCCAGGGUCACCUUCGGACUCCUAUCUACCUCAACGCGACGAGACGAGAGCCUCGUUCUGUACCACCAUAGGAUCUCAGUCAAUAACCUCACCGUAGCUGUAGGAAUCUGAGGACACUCUUCACGUCCUCGCAAGAUAUACCUCGAAGGCAGCGAAGAAGGUGGUUCACGCGACCGCCUCUACGGCGACACGUUCCCCGACUUCCUGUGCCAUGAAUGUUUGGCGUGAUAUUUGUAGCUUACGUGGCGCGGUACUCUAGUAGCCGUCGCCGCUGCCUGAGUAGCCAAGGUUCGCGGGGUAGUAGCAACAGUCGCGCGUUUCUUUGUUGUAGCAGCACACGCGCCCUCUCUCCUUGUAGCGAAACACGCGUGUCUUAGUCGUACUUGCAGACAUCUAGCUGCUGUUACACCAGCAGAUAUCUUCGAAUAGUUCUAAGGUGAAACACACUGUGCCAUCUCAGCCAGAUACACUGGUAGUGCCCCUCGGUAGAGCAUAGGUCUCAGGGCUGGUCACUAAAGCCACUGAAGUAAACAUCUCGUUAUUCGACUCUCACAACGAUCUCCCAAAUUAACAUAGUGUCUCUAUAAGGUGCAGCGCAUUCUCUAUCAACCACCUGAGGAUCUUCCCGCGUCCAGAGCCGCCUUGGGGCCUCUAGGUAAAGGGGUGGCUGGCCGGGUGUUGUGCCGCCCACAGCAGCAGCGGAGGGGGGCCGGUCGCCCCCCCCCCUCCAUCUCCCCUUCCCCCCUCCCCAGCAAGACGCCCCCCCACCCCCAGCAAGAGAAGGAACCACCCCCCUCCAAGCGCUGAUCUAUCUGCUCCCUCUACCCAUCCUCGCUCCACAGUCACAGGAUAGUGCGCCACAGACGCAUGUCUUGUAGAACUAGUGCACCACAGACUCAUGUCUGGUAGAACUAGUGCACCACAGACGCAUGUCUGGUAGAACUAGUGCACCACAGACGCAUGUCUGGUAGAACUAGUGCGCCACAGACGCAUGUCUGGUAGAACUAGUGCACCACAGACGCAUGUCUGGUAGAACUAGUGCGCCACAGACGCAUGUCUGGUAGAACUAGUGCGCCACAGACGCAUGUCUGGUAGAACUAGUGCGCCACAGACGCAUGUCUGGUAGAACUAGUGCACCACAGACGCAUGUCUGGUAGAACUAGUGCGCCACAGACUAAUGUCUGGUAGAACUAGUGCGCCACAGACGCAUGUCUGGUAGAACUAAUGCGCCACAGACUAAUGUCUGGUAGAACUAGUGCGCCACAGACUCAUGUCUGGUAGAACUAAUGCGCCACAGACACUUGUCUUGUAGAACUAAUGCGCCACUGACUAAUGUCUGGUAGAACUAGUGCGCCACAGACUCAUGUCUGGUAGAACUAGUGCGCCACAGACACUUGUCUUGUAGAACUAAUGCGCCACAGACUCAUGUCUGGUAGAACUAGUGCGCCACAGACUCAUGUCUGGUAGAACUAGUGCGCCACAGACACUUGUCUGGUAGAACUAAUGCGCCACAGACUCAUGUCUGGUAGAACUAGUGCGCCACAGACUCAUGUCUGGUAGAACUAGUGCUCCACAGACUCAUGUCUGGUAGAACUAGUGCGCCACAGACUCAUGUCUCGAAGAAAGCAGGCAAAGCCCACACGCCUCCCUGAAGAAGAGGCGGAGCUGGGGGAGAGUGAGGAAGAGUUGGGGGAGAGUGAGGAAGAGUUGGGGGAGAGUGAGGAGGAGGAGGGGGAAGAUGAGGCUGUCGAUGGUAUCUGCGGCCAAGCCGUCAACCUCCUACAGCGGCACCUGUCAGGUGAAGCUGACGAGACGUUCAUCUGUCCGUACUGCCGGGCGGAGCUGGUGUCCCGGGAGCAGUUGGAGGAGCACCGGGUGGCGUGUGGUAGAGAACCAGCAGUCCUGCCGGUGCCCGACACGCCCCGCGCCCACCACCCUGACGCCGACCACCCAGACGAGCUCCGGCGUCACCAGGACGUAGCCAACAACAACCAGGCGCACAUCCUCAAGGCCAGAGCGGCCCACGAGGCUACACCAGAGUCCCGGGAGUCCUCUGUCGAUCGUAAUAAUGGCUACGACAGUAGCGACAGUAGUCCUGCGGACCCUUUGGCACAGAUUAGACACCUCCUGGCGCGAUCACCCGCUCCGCCACAGGUAGGACCAAUUGCGCAGCAGCUGGCGCAGUCUAAUCUUGCGCUGGAAGCUAUACAGAACACUAGGAUGGCUCUCGCUCAGUUUGCAACCUCUGCCUUGAACUCCUCGAGCACCAACAACCCUCAAGCAAUGCAAGAAUUUGCUCUGCUUCAGGGAACGCUUUACACGCUGCAGCACCAACAAAUGAUGCAGUUGCAGCUUAUACAACAACUCCAGGCACAACUUUCCAUCAAGAAUAAGGAAGGAAGCCCUGGCCUACCAAACUUUUCAGAUAGUGAAUCAAAAGGCCCAGGUGAGAUCCAGGAACGUCAGGAGCCUCCAUCCCCGCCCACACCAGUAUCCAGACCCUCAGCACCACCAACAAGUGAAGGCAGCCAGAAUGUUAGCAGCUCCUUCAUCAGCACCCUCAUGGAAAGAUUUAAGGUACCUCCAAGUAGUGACAGUAAUAGCGAGCGCCCACCAGGAAACUCGCCCCUGUGUACAGCAAGCACCAGUGGGCCACCCCCAGAUCCACGCGACAGACCCAUCUCUCCACCCAUGACAGCAUCCAGCAUCGCCUCCUCUGUUAUUCAACACACGGACCCACCACCGCCAGAUGAACCCAACACGCUAGAGAUGCUGCAGCGCACUGCCAACAGUGUCCUCAACAGUGCCUCACAAGGGCUCCUGACCAAUCGCCUAAUCGACGAUCACAAGCCCAGUGAUGGAAAAGACCCUUACUACAAGCACCGUUGCCGAUAUUGUGGCAAGGUCUUUGGCAGUGACUCAGCCCUCCAAAUUCAUAUCAGAUCCCACACCGGAGAACGCCCAUUUAAAUGUAAUAUAUGUGGCAACAGGUUUACCACAAAAGGAAAUCUAAAGGUGCAUUUUCAGCGCCAUGCAAGUCGGUUCCCUCACGUUAAAAUGAACCCACAUCCGGUUCCUGAACAUCUGGACAAAUUCCAUCCACCUCUAUUAGCCCAGCUCGGAGAGCUGAAGGACUAUCCUUCACCUCCAACUGGGCCUCCAAAUCCUUUCACUUCCUUACCGGGAGGUCCUUCCCUACCUCCAUACCGGUUACCAGGCCCACCUCCAUCUCUAGACCUACACAGACCUUUCAACCUUCUUAACCUCGCUAGACAAGGAAGAGAAGACGAACCAGAGAACCUAAGCAUCUCCGAGUCUCGAUCGUCGCCCGGACCAGUCCAGCGAGAUUUUAAUACCGACAAAAUGGAAUCUACCACAAUGGACUUGGCUGACACUUUGCGACUUCCAAAAUUUGAAGAGAAAAUAGAAAAGGAUGACGAAACAGAACCAAACGAUAUAGUCGAAAUGUCGGAGGAAAGAGAGACCAGUGAAACACGUUUCAGCGGUGAAAAACCGUUCGAUGAUGAUCAAGGAUUUGACGGUGAUAAAUCCUUUGAUGGUGAAAAGUCAUUUGAUGGUGAGAAAUCCAUUGACGGUGAGAAAAGAUUCGAGAAUGAGAACAAUUUUGACAGUGAAAAGAGAUUUGAAGAUGAAAAGAGUUUUGAAGAUGAAAAGAGAUUCGACAGUGAAAAGUGUUUCGACAGGGAAAGGAGGUAUAGCGAUGAAAAAAGAUUUGACGACGAUAAAAAAUUUAACGAAGAUAAUAGGUUCGACGACGACAACACAUUUGAAAGCGAAUCAAAGUUCGAGAGCGAGAACCGACUCGAAAACGAGAGGGAGCCAUCUAAGGAGAGGUUCAUUGACUCUCAGGAGAUGAGGAACUUAAUAGAGAGGAGGAGCAGUGAGCGAGAGCUGAACCCGGAGCAAGCACCACUGGACAUCAGAGUUCGAACUGAAAGAGAACUCAAGGACACUAUUGAUGGAAACAGCAGUACCAAAGAAGAGCAUGAUAUGGACAGCAGUGAUUCACGGUCAAUCACUUCAGAACAACCAACUGACCUCAGGAUGCGACCAGAAUUUCGUCCAAUUGGGAUGCCAACUAUUCCUUUCUCAGGACCAAGGCUUCCUCUCAACUUUCCUUUUCUUCCUGGACUUCCUACCUCAUUCCCGGGACCCAUGGGCCCCCCUCCGACCAUUAAUAUUCCCCCAGGAAUAGACCCCGCCAAAGAUCCUCAUAUUUACACUAACCUUCUACCCAAGCCUGGCAGUACAGACAACUCUUGGGAGGCACUCAUUGAGGUCCAGAAAACUAGUGAAACCAUGAAAUUAGAACAAUUAGUAAAUAAUAUUGAAAAUAAACUAACAGAUCCAAACCAGUGCGUUAUUUGCCAUAGAGUUCUCUCCUGCAAAUCUGCUUUACAAAUGCACUACAGAACACACACUGGAGAAAGACCUUUUAAGUGUAAAAUUUGUGGGCGAGCGUUUACUACUAAAGGUAACCUGAAGACACACAUGGGGGUGCAUCGUGCCAAACCACCAAUGAGAAUGUUGCACCAGUGUCCUGUAUGUCACAAGAAGUACACAAAUGCUUUAGUUCUGCAGCAACAUAUCAGGCAGCACACAGGGGAACCCACAGACCUCAGUCCCGAGCAGAUCGCUGCAGCUGAAGUCCGGGACUAUCCACACCUCCACACUCCAACAUCCCUCCCACAGCUGAUGCCCGCAGGCUUCCCGCUCCCACCGCCUCCACUUCAGGGCUUCCCUCCACUGCCUCUGCAUUUGAGAUACCAGCUCUCCCCCGAGGCCCUCAGGCACCGGGAAAUGAUUGAAAAUGAGGAUCGUAAUACAGAAGAAGAGAAAUAUCUUCGGCCCUUCAGCACGUCUUCGAGAUCCUCGUCAACAGGUAGUGCUGAACAGCGGACAGCAGAGGACCUGACUGUGCGAUCACGAGAAGACAGCUUCAACGGUAUGACAUCACCUAGGGCCUCUGUGUCUCCUACUCCUUCAGAUUAUUCAGAUCUGGGCGAGAGAUCUCAUGAUGCCCCUGGUGGCGACAGUCAAAUUUCCCCCACAGAUCACAUUAGUGGCUCUGUCAGCCCGGCGGUUAGUACAGGAAGUCAAGAGGGAGGAGCUUCCUUACCGCUGGACCUGGCGGCCCGUCCUCACCCACACCUGUACUCGCCCUUCGGUCUCUUUCCGCCUCCCUUGACGACAGCGGCCAUGACGCCAGGCACACACACCAUGCCAGGACUCAACCCACUCUACCUGCCCAGCAUGCCAGGUCGCGGAAACACUACUUGUCAUAUCUGUUUCAAGACGUUUGCUUGUCAGUCAGCACUGGAGAUCCACAUCCGCUCGCACACCAAGGAACGACCGUUCAAAUGCAACAUAUGCGACCGUGGCUUCUCCACUAAGUGUGGUCUUCUCCUGCAGGGGAACAUGAAGCAACAUAUGCUGACCCACAAGAUACGGGACGGCUGCCGUGACGCCCUCCAAGACUCCUGUAAGGCCAACGGCAGUUCCUCUGGUGCUGAGGCGCCCUCCGUGUCUCCUUCGCUGGCAUCGCCUCUCCCCUCAUCUCUUACAUCUCCACUCCCGCCUUCACUAGCCUCCCCUCUUCCCUCGUCGUUGACGUCCCCUCUCCCCGCCACAGUUGCCUCCCCUCUACCACCAUCCCUGCCCCCAGCUGCAGUGGCGGCUGCGCUCCUCCACCAGGCAAGAGAAGAAGAAAAGAUGGUAGACUCCAGAUUGAAGAGAGAACGGGAAGGGGAGAACACUUUGCCAGUGCCCAAGCGAGCCUCAGGUGCUGGCGGCGAAGGUGAUAUCCUGGAGGUGGGGUCCCCGUCAGGAGACCUCCAGCAGCAGCCCACACCCGACUCCGCCCCCUGCCCCUCCCCCGUGCCGGAGGUCAUGCCCUUACCCAGGACGUGAUCCAUGCCACUCUUGUAUGGCAGAGGUGGGCCCGGUGCAGUAGUUCGUCUGCCGCCGACGUGGCCCCCUUGGCUCUACAAGUGACCUCCCCUCUCAUGGCGCCCCCCACGCCCCCCUUACCCCUCCCUACCCCCGCCCUAACUCCCUCCCCCUCCCCCAACAAACGCCCCGAAUCUGAUGCGACAUAUUCAAGCUGUCCCUCCCUAAUAUUCCCCGAGUCUUGUCAAGCAGACUUCACGAAUCUAACGAGAGUAUUCCAUCUGGAGUGCAACCUAGGUUGCUCCUUGGGUGCACGACUACCAAAAUCCUUGGGUGCUAUCUGCCAUAUUCCUGGGGUGCCAUCUGCCAUACUCCUUGAGUGUCCCCUGCCAUACUCCUGGAGUGCUGCCUGUCAUGCAGGAGUACUGCUCACAGUGCUGGAAAGCGACGUACUACACUUCUGGAGUGCCACUUCUCUAGCUUCACCCAUUUCCAGUCCUCAGCUACUUAUCUUAUACCUGAAGCUAUCCCAGUGAAGACGUAGCGAAGUAGUGUAGUCCCUGCGUGACCUUCCUUGUAGUGUGAGACGGUCUGACCUCAGUGCUCGAGUUCCGCAAGUGUGGUGCCACGGGCUUGGCUGCUUGACCCCCGGAAAUUGUGACCUCUGAGUUGUGUCGAAGACUUGGUGUAAUUUGGUUAUGACCAAAGGUAUACCAGUGAUUGCGGUAUUAAAAUAUAUAUAUAGUGUGUAAUAGAUCAGUAACUGACAAGACCUUCCUGUACAGAAUGUAAAAAUAAAACAAAAAUCGAGACGCCGAACAUGUUGUAAGCAAGAAUCUGUGAGAUUUUUGGGCUGGAGCUGAGGUGGGCGUGUCCCGCACUAACUCUUGGUCGCUGGAGAGACGCGCCGCCCUCAUCAGGCGACCUGUUGACUUGUACACAAGUUAGUUUUGUUGAUAACUGUGAAUGGUGUCGUACAUAGAACAAAUAUUCUUGUAUGAUGUGUAAAGAUCUCAUUUCCAUGCUGUUAUAGACUCAUUAUUUAAAUGUUCAUGUUAAUUUAUCAUUAUAAUUAUGUAUCAAAUCAUUUUUCAAUGUCCACUGUAUGUGAAAAUUGUUUUUAUAAGUCAGUACCCAGCACAUCAGCUCCGGCAAAUGCUUGUGACAUUUUGUACCGAUCCCUAUACAUCCACCGUAGUUCCUCGCCAGUCUAGUCUUACAGUCUCACUUGGUUGAUCCCGUCUUGCUCUACCCACCACCACCAUUCCCUGGGCUAAGAUAAACACCUCAGAAUGACGCAUACCUCAACCUGUCCUUAACUAACCCUCCACAAACCCGACUUGCACAGCGUAGAGGAGUAAAGUGCCGGAUGAACCAAGCCAGACUAUUAGGUAUGCAAAUGUCACAUGUUUUGACCAAUGACUGUGGUGCCAAGGAAGUGACUGAGGACCAACAGUGUCAGUGAGCUCAUCGCUUACAACUCUGGUCCGCUGGUGCCACACGUAGCCAAGCUAUUAAUUAACAGCCUUCUGUUGAACAAUGUUUCAAGGUCACUUGGUAAAUCUGGUGUUUUUUUACGAUGUACUGCAAUAUAUUAGAAAUGGGCAUUUAGACAAAACAUGAUAUUCUCUGUGAUAAUAUAGUCGAUUUGCUUACACUGGGCUAGAUUUCCGUUGUAGUUUGAAGUGAUAACAAAAUGAAAUGGUAUCCUGAUAUUGGCUGAGGGCAAGCAGUGGGCAGGCCUCCCGUCAUUACCAGGCCUGUCAGCCAGUCAAUCAUACACGCCUCCCUGAAGCUGGUCGGUCAAAUAGUGGAACUGCGUCUAGUGGAAAAUGAAGCAAUCAUGCUAUGAAAGACGACACUCGCAUGGCUAACCGGUUCCACCCCAGGUUCCUCCUCCCUAUGCCCCCUGUGAUUAAUGGGCUGCAGCUCCCUGUAGUAACAUCAACAUAAACUGCUGUUGGCCAGUAACAAGGACUGACCCCUGCUGUGCAUGACGUAAUGAGGCUAAAACUGCUGCUGAACAUUGCGCAGUAGAGAUGUGCUACUGCAGUAAAUUGUUCAGCAGGGACAAAGUAUACUGCAUUGUAUCACCACAGUUGCGGUGUAGCGAGUAGUGGGAGUGUGUUGGCCAGCAUGCAUGUUGCACACGAAGAUUACUGUUGCUACUACAUGGCAAGCAGCGGAGACGAACAAGCUGUGGUCCAGCAGGCUCUUGACACAAACUGCUGCUAGCUUUCCCAGUGGUCAUGAAUGUUUAAGCGCAAUUAUUAUAUGCUGGAAUGUUUCUUCCUCUCUGGAACCCUCCUUUUUUGGUUGUGUGUGUAUUUGAAGAUAUUCCAAUAUUGUGUAUCACAACAUAACAUAUGGAUUCAGGUUUGCCUCAUGACAUAUCUUGGCGAGGGGAGUCAGGAGCUUGAUCUGUAUAUUCUGCUGGCGUCGUUGCUCUCGACACCCUUGACCACACCUACCCAAUGAGCAAGACCCUGUACCCAGCUCGCCUCUUACGACCCCUCGAAGACGCAUUCUUAACCACUACAACAACACUUGACCCUUGACAACACUAACACCCACUCAGAACAUACUGCUACUCGACACAGCAACAGGCCGGCGAGGUGUGGGGUGAUGACCCAUGGCAACAGCUGGUGUUGGUCCAUGGUCCUGGUCCAUGGUACCAUAAACCUGGUCCAUGGUCUUUACCAGAGCCGCCAGUGCCGCCAACAACACCAGCAGAACACCUCGACUUACCUCAGUAGCUCCUCUUCCCGCGAGCUGCAGCACCAGUUGAGUCAUCUUGCUACUCACCCUCGCAACACAUGUAAACAAACAUUUAACUCCAGUUUUUGUACAAUUUUAAUGGAUUUUAGAAAAUUAGUUUUCUCGCUUUUCUAUGAGGUAAAAUGUAUGUAGUGUCUGUAAAAAUGAUGUUUAGAUAAAGGCAUAUAUAUAUAAUAUCAGUUGACGAGUUGUAGAUAAAAAUUUGACACUUUCACAUAUGGAGAAGCUAAGUUUGUAUAGCUUAGAGCACGGCCAUGCAUGUUUGCUAAAUAUUUAUCAUAUCAGAUCUUUACUUAUGUGUGUAUGAGUGGAACAGAUGCUGUCAGAGGGUUCAAGGGGAUCAGGUUAAGGCUAGAUUUAAGGAGUAGCUGUAAUUAUAGACGGCUUACAAAUUGUCCUACCAUACCAUACCAUUUUGUGUUGACCUCGCGGAGACUUGUCAACGAGUUGCUCCGCGGCUGAGCUAUGACACAAGACUCAUCAAGACCGCCACUUGGUCCUUGUUAUAUUGUAUCUAUCUUCCAGGGCGCGGCUCAGUGACGCCCCCUGGGUGUAUGUCUGUGAUACGGCCGAGCUGACCGCGCCAAGGUGAAGUCAUUCCAGUGCCAUGCUCAGCAAACCCGGCCUCACGAUAAACUGUUUAAGUUUACCCUGCACCAGUUCAGAGAAAAUGGGCACUACUCUCACAUUUCGGCUAGGAAAACUUUGAAUAGAGUGCAACUUAAUGAUGCUUUCUAUAUUGGUUGAGUUGUGAUGUGUCGGUCAUCUAGCCUGGAUAUAUUCCUACACCUUCCCUGUGUUACUAGUACUGGACCUGUAGAAUAAUAUUGUUAUUUUGAUAUGUGUGUGCACACCUGAUUCGCUAUAACUGCACGUCUCCGCCCAGGAGCACAGGAGAGGCUAUUUUUGUACUAUUCUAUGAUAGCAGUUCCCGGGCGAAGACCUGCCACCCAACUCUCCUACAAACGUGACGGAGUGUGCGACGGCCCUAGUUGUAAAGCCAGUUUGUCAGCAGCAUCCUUCUUAAUUAAAACAGUACCAUUGUA